AUGGAUAAGCCAUUUCGUCUUCCGAUCCGCGUCGAGCAAAUCAACCGGCCCGACGACAUUGCUCCGCUCAACGAAGUCUCUCUCCGUGUGACUUUGUCCCACAAUUUUGGCGAUCUCAAGUCGGCGCUAUGGAUCACCAGUGAGAACUACCAUCUCAAGCCUAUAUUCGUCAGUUUCCAGUAUCAAGACCUACGGGUCGAGGACGCAAGUACAAUCGGCGCUGUCCUCGAGUCGCAAACCCCCGAAGAGGCGCUAAGUGCGUGCGAGGCGCUUGUUGUGAAAAUCGACUACACGCUUUUGGGCUCGCCUUUCAUUCCCAACAGAGAACCCAUUCCGACGCUUUUCAACUUGGAAGUGGUGGCGGGACCGCGUGUGGUGGCCUUGCGCGAGCUGCUUUCGCUGACGGUGGCCAGCGUGAAAGAGCAGGUGCAGCAUGCUGUGGACGGAGCCUUUGAGCUUGAAUUGGAGAGCGAAAAGUCGGAGCUCUUGUCUGCUGAAAGCACGCUUAGCGAGGUUCUUGCGCUAGAUUUGCCGCCGCUUGACACGGUGCAUCUUCGUGUGGUGCGGGGGCGGCGCUUUGAGGUCCGGAACAUUGACACACAAGAAACAACUAUAGUUUCGGGCGAAUCUGUUGCCGAGGUCAGGGCAGUUCUCGCAGCUCAGACUCAUGUGCACACAAAUGACAUCACGUUGUACGUUGGACCGCAUCUACUUACGGAUACCGAGGCGCUUGAGUCUAUUCCAGCCAGCGCCGAAGUUUUGUACGAGAUCCGCUCUGGUCUAGAACAUGUCUUGCCUGCUGUAAGAGUGGACGGCGAUGUGUGGCGGCCAUCAGGCAAAACUUUUGUCUCUGUGACGAACUCCGAGGGCGUAGAACGGCUUGUGGCGGCAGAGGCGCUUUCGUCACAGACUUACCAGAUUGAGGUUGAUGGCCAACGAGUACAAUUGUCGCCUUCGGAAUGUGUGGUGGGCGACCGCAGUGUGAUGGUGAGUCCAGCAGGAGCAGCACGGCUAAGACGAUUAAUCAAAGGUGGGUUCAGUACAGAAAGGAGAGAAGAAGGAAGCGGAGAAGGAGGAACGGAAGCUGAAGAAACAGAUGCAAGAGAAGCAGAAGGGAAUGAAAGCGAUAGCACAGCAAGAGACACAGCAGAAGGAAACGAAAGCGAUAGCACAGCAAGAGAAACAGCAACAGAAAACACUGCUACAGACUACACGCAAAACGAACUAAGGCACAGAGGAACGAACAUAGACGGAAACAACGGAGGAAUAAACGUUGGAGCAAACGUUGGAGCAAACGUUGGAGCAAACGUUGGAGCAAACGUUGGAGCAAACGUUGGUGCAGGAAACGGAAUCUUUGCGGGAGGUAACAACCAUGGCGGGCCCAGAAACAUGGGGCAGAACUUGAACGAUACUCUCGCAAGGCGGCUCGAAGUCGCCUUGAGGCGCCACUGGCCUGCGCUCCGCGGCGUGGCAGUGCAAGUGCUUUUCGCCGGGCUCAUGUUCGGCUUCGACAUGCUCCGGUUCAUGGCACAGCCGCAGUUCCUCGUGCCGUUGGCGCUCUUCCUUUUGUACAUGGUGCUUUUCGUUUGGGGCGACGGCGUGUGUUCUUGGGUCGACGAGCAUCUUUUGGCGGGCGCGCCCGACCGAUGGGAUUUCCGCGCUGUUCGCGCCGGCCGCGCCGUUGUGCACCUGUUUUACAGUGCGGGCGCGCGCGCAGAGGAGGCGGCGUUUUCUGUGGUUGCGGCGGCCGCCGAUAAACUUGCCACACCGCCGCACGAGCACCAUGCCAUAGUGGCGUCGGGCAGAGACACGAUCGCGUACCACCUUGUGCGGGCGGCUAAGGAAGCGGCGCGCCACGGCAUUUUCUUUGUCGCCUUGUUCUCGCCGGCGCUUCUGAAGCGGCUCGAGGAGUACUUGUUGCGCCAGCACGAGCGCGAGAAGGAACAGAUAACGGCGCGGGCACAAGGCGCCUCCGAUGCCGUGCGCGCUCGUGUUGAGGCGCGGCUCGGGCCCUUUGCCGAGGCGCUCCACAAUGAGCCUGUGCGUUGCUAUGUGGAGGUUCUUCGGGCGGAGAAGGAAGUACACGAACAGCACGAACAGCACGAACAGGAUGAACAGCACGAACAGGACGAACAGAUGGAGCACGAACAGAUGGAGCACGAACAGAUGGAGCACGACAGCACAGACACACAAGCAGAGCCAGUCGAGGUACACUAG